AUGUGGCUGUUCCCGCCACCACGCGACCCCAAACACCUAAAAACAUUACUGUAUCUACCUAUUACUUCGUAUAUAACGAAUAACACCGUUUCUUUGAUCGAAGGAGAACCUGUCUGGGCAUCAAGAAGGCUAAUUUCACGGACACAGUGGUGAGAGUUUAGUGUUUUAGCAGUGUUGGGGACCGGCGUUGAUCAGCUGAUCUGACAGGGAACAGCGGGCGGCGGCGUUGGCGGUGGAGACACACUGACACAGAGUCAUGGAAAACUAGGCAGUGAUUGAUGUCUGCCUCAUCUACUGGUGCCCUCGGGUCAGACUCUGUCCCCGUGCCCCCCCCUGCCCCCCCUGCUUCAUCUAGCCCCCAGACCCCAACUCCUCCACCCAGUGUUUCCACCGGAUCUGCCCCGCCAGCACGGAGCUCGUCCAGUGGCCCACGACAGUCAAACUCGGGAGGAUCCUCUGCGACGCCAGAAGCACGUCCUCCUCACCCAAAGAUGUCCAAAGCACUCAGUACAAGUGCUAAAAGGAUACAGAAAGAGCUGGCAGAGAUCACACUGGAUCCUCCCCCAAAUUGCAGUGCCGGACCCAAGGGAGACAACUUGUAUGAGUGGGUGUCCACCAUCCUUGGACCUCCGGGGUCUGUAUACGAAGGAGGAGUGUUCUUCCUUGACAUACACUUCUCAGCGGAAUAUCCCUUUAAACCCCCCAAGGUCACGUUCCGGACCCGCAUCUACCACUGCAACAUAAACUCUCAAGGGGUGAUAUGCUUGGAUAUCCUCAAGGACAACUGGUCUCCUGCAUUAACUAUUUCAAAAGUCCUCCUGUCAAUUUGCUCCUUACUGACUGACUGCAAUCCAGCUGAUCCACUGGUAGGGAGCAUUGCCACACAGUUCCUUCAGAAUCGGGAAGAACACGAUAGGAUUGCCCGGCUCUGGACCAAACGCUAUGCUACGUGAUCACAUGUGUCUAGUGUCAACAGGGUAUUAAGACAUCUUUUGCACCAUGCCAGUAUGUCUUGGACGCAAUAUAUCGGUGUCAAAAUUUUGUGAUUUAUGUUGAGAUAGUAUUUAUUUUAUUGAAGCACUACCUAAAUACCUGAGGACAUUCAGAGGUCUAUUUGGCAUGGUGGAAAAGUGUGUGGUCAUCAUUCAUUACCUCAUUUUCAAGAUUUCCACGCUUUGUAAAGCUCACUUCUGUUUUGUUUAUAUUUUUAUGAGAUUAAUGGAACCGAAGACUUUUCAGUGUUUCCAAUACCUCUGCUGUUAUUUUUCCCUUGGUUACUAAUUACUUCAUCAAUAGUUUUUGGCACUACUCUUUAAUGGCAGUGCACCCUCUCCAUCUCAAUUCUCCACACAGCUGCCUCUAGCAAAUAUUUGUCUUUUUUUAUGUAACAGUGCUACUAGUCUAAUUGCAGUGUUAUCUGUGUGUUUUUACUAUGUGAAUGAAGCACUUCCAUUAUUCAUAGUGCUUGGAGGGAAUGUCAUCACCCCAUUAUGAUGAGAGUGCUGAGCUACUUCCUUUUAUGUUGUAUUUUUUUUUCUUUUCUUUUAUUGUGUUUGAAUUAACACACGCCAAAGUGUUGUGAGGGAGUGAACACUCUACAUAGUGUAAAUGAUUAGCAUAAUUCCCUUCAAAAUACUCUGAAGAAGCAAGUGUUUCUGUUGGAUCAGGAGAGAGAAAGAGAGAGAGAUGCUCCUGUGGUCAGUGUAAUGAAGUUGAUGCUCUUCCAACAGCACUGUCCUCACAGCACUGUGAAGCUGCUGAUGCUGUCCAUCAAUUUGAAGUGGUGUUUGAUACCAUUAUGUUGUGGAACAGCACAUCUGCUUCCUGAGUAGUGUGCAGGUUGAAGUGCUGCCUCCACAAGGUUGUGACAUUUAUGUCUGUAAAGGCAAGAAGUUUUUGUUUCCAAAAUCAUUUUGAGGACAUUAGAGUUAUUUGCAAAAAAUUGGAUUUUAUUGCAAUGAUGCAGUUUCUUUUUCCUGCUGUGGUGGUGGAAUGCAUUAUGUUCAUGUAACUUAGUGAGGGAAAGACAUAUCCAUUCAUCUUGUUUAGGGCUGAGGAAGUAUACUGUAUGAAAUUUUAAUACACUGUUACCAUAACCUCCAGAGAAUAGUUUGAUUCAGAAAGAGUAAGUCAUGUGUUUUUGUGGGAUUGAAGAUGGAUUACUCAUCAUUAGGGCUUCUCAAGAUUCAUAAUCUCAACCAUAUGAAUUAGGUUCAUCUUGUUAUUUCAUAUUCAAAUGGUAGUCAUUUGUAUGUGUAUUCAAGUGCUCCAUAAGGCAUUGCUACAUAUAAUUUUCAUGUAUAUUUUAGGUUUGUAAAGCCCUGAAAAUAAGAACUGUCAUUAAGUGUAAGCUUAGUCGUAAGUCAUUACAUUUUUAAUUGUAGAAUUGAUAAUAACAAGGUUUCCUAAUCCAGAUUUUUGUUUUUCAUUAUUUGGACUAUUCUGUGUGCUUCAGCCACAAAGCAUGACAUCACUGAAUUAUUUCUCAGGCUGUGAGUUUGCAAUGAGUAUAAGUGAAUUUAAAAAUGGAAAUCUUAAGAAUUCCUUCACUUACUUGUACUUUUAAGUUGCUCAGUGAUGUAACUUGGCCAAAAGAGUUAAGCUUUUUAGUGUUGUUUUGUCAACUGGAGAACUUGAAUUAUGUCCCAAUUGUCAUGCAACAAUACCUCAUUGUUUGCCAUUAUGUAUCUUGUGUAGACAUUUAGCUUACACUGUGUUACGGGAAGUGCACAAGAACUGACAAGGUGUAAUAUAUGAGUAUCUUGUGUUGAAUAAUGAAUGCUGUGGUGAACUUUUUUCCUCGCGAUAAGAAAACUCUUGGUUGGCAUAUCUUCUGGCAUAUGAACUUCUGUAGUUUUGCAAAGAGAAGGCUGACUUGAUCCUCAAAUAUAGACUUGCACCUUGCUGGCCACAGAGACUGAUGGUGCUGGUGUACAGAAAUACUGAGCAGUGUGGGAGAGCAGACAGGCAUGCAAUUUUCAUGGACUUUUUUUUUUUUUAUUUAUUUUUUUAUUGUAAUUACUAUAGAGUAGAACAUACACAGUGACUUGUAAUCUAUAUGAAGUUUUAAGCAGAGUAAGCAAUAGGUAUUACACUAUGACCUGCCAUAAGAAUGAAAAUAAUGUAAAGUCCCAUGUGGCCCUAGAUGACCAGAGACCUGAAGUAAGGAAUAAUUUUUUUGAGGUGAGCAUAUAGUGAUAAUUUUGUGGUUGGUGAGAGAGGUCACAUUUAAGUCUUUUGAUUUGACAUGAUGGACUCAAGAGGAUGCAAGCUGUACUCCCAUAUCUACUCAAGAAAUUUGUUUGUAUUUUGAGCAGACCAAUACACAAGUAUUAAUAUUUAUUGACCUCUGGUGCUGUGUAGGGAAAUACUAAUGUAGAGUAGCAAGUGUGUAAUUACAUGGGGAAUUCUAUAUUUAAUUUGAUGUUUCUGCUGUUGCAGGUAUUAUAGUCAUUAUUUUGGUAAAUGAAGAAAUGUAUUCAGUGUUUCAAGGACAGUAUUGACAUUUUCAUACUGUGAAAAAGUAUCUCUUUGAUGGGCUUUAUUUCUUAUAAGGUAGCGUAAGUAAGCUGAAAAUCGUCCUUAUUUCCAUCCCUUACAUAAAAGAGAAAAUGUGUCAGAACAGCAGAUUAUUUCAUGCAUCAAACUUGUUGGCAUCUUUUAGAUUACCACAUUCCUCUAGUUUUGUUUAAGACCACUCAGUUGCUAAACAAGGCAGGCCCUCCCACAAACUGGUUGAAAGCAAAGUGGACUUUAAAAUAGUUGACUCUGCUCUUUAUUCCUGCUUCAAGUUUUGAGAAAGAUUUGGAAACUAAUAUAUAACCUGUGCUGUAUCCUCAACGUGUCAUUUUUCAUAGUCAUCUUAAGUUUCACUGACACAUGGAAGAUUUAAUACAAGAGAGGGUGAGAGUAGAUAUGGAACUGAUGGUAAAGGAAGUCUUGGUGCAUGCUGUCAGUAUUGAAGAAAUCAGGAUUUUUUAUGACAAUUUGAUAUAAUCUUUACCAACUUAUCUUUAGAUGUAUCAUGCGUUUUAGAGAGUUGUGGUGCCGCAAUAAGAAGGCUGUACAAUUUCAGCUAGGGAUAUAAGAGGGCUUCUUCUCCCACUGAGUUGUCGUGAGCCAGGAUCGAACUCGCAACCUCUUGGCCAUGAGUUGAGUUCUGUAUCUCAGAGUUUUUGGCCUUAUAAGCAACACUACCUAAAAAAAGUUAGGUUGCAGGAUAUUGUUUUGUACAGUGUCAUUCAAUGCAUUACAAGUGAUGUGUUUCAGAGAAACAAACAUGGAAUGACUAUUAUGUUCCCAUAUUUAUUUGUCAAUAUAAGACACUAGUGUGAUUUAUAAGAACUUGAUGUGAAUAGGCUGCCUGCUGUGUAAUCCCUGUGUUGUGGGAGGGCCUGUUGUACCAUGAACUGACUCAUCCUGUCUCAUUUGGACUCUGCUGCUGGGUGACCUGCAGAUAGUGCUGUGUAUUGGUCUAAUCUUAGUUCCGAAUAAAACAUGUAAUGAA